AACGAAGAAGCCGAGAGUUGAAUUUUAUAAGAGCGUCUGCAUAUAUAGAAGCGCGGAUAAAUUUUCAUUUUAUUUUCUUAAUUUUUUUGCGAUAACAACCGAAAUUUUUAAUAUAGAAACCAAAUAUAAAAGAAUUGAUUUUUAGAACAAAGAAAAAAAUUUUGCAUACAUACAUACAUGCUUAUAAAUUACAGAAUUCAAUCAAGGGGUUUUAAUUAACAGUAGAACUAAUUAAAAUAAAUAAAUAAUUUAAUUUAUUUAAAAAAAUAUUUAAAUUUUAAUUAAACUAUCAUAAUAAUUAAUUUAAAUUCAAUUGAAACUCAAUAAUAAUUACAAUUUUUCAUUUGAACAAUUUCGUUACUCGAUAUUCUUAAAACGGUAUAUUCUAGUAUAUUAUAUAAAUACACACACAUUAUACAAAAUAUAGUGCAUAUAUAUAAUACAUUGUGAUAAUUUUAUAAAGGAAUUUAUAAAACAAAAGAAAAAUAAAUUUAUUAAAAAGGAAGGAAAUAUCAUUAUAAAUUUAAAGAAAUAGAAAAAGGGAUUGCAUACAUAUGGCUACAUAUACAUAUGUUUGUGAAUAAUAAUAAUAAUUUUAUCAUAUUGCAUACACAUAUACAGUAACGAUAUAUGAGCCCUAUAUUAAAUUGAAACAAAAAAGAAAAUUUAAACAUUUUCUAUUUGAAUACAUUUUAAAAUUAUUUGGUAAUUACCAUAUUUUUGAGCUUUAAUUGGACGUUUAAAUCACCUCAUUUAAAAUUCGUUCUUUUGGUUUAAGAUCUCAACUGCAACAAAUUAUAAUUUUGUUUUUAACAAAGUUUAGAACUUUUGCAUGAUAAAAGAUUUUUCCGUGUUCAUAACAUCAACGCAGUUAUAAAUUCAACUUAAGUCCGAAAAGAAAUAUACUCUUUUUAAUCUUCAAGCAUAAAAACAUAAGUACAUACAGAGAACAUAAGGAAAUAAAAGAACAACAAUAUUAUUUCGGACUCGGCUUAACAUCAAAAGCAGCUUAAAUUGAAUAUAAUCUCCUCAAUUCUCUAUACACAUAGAAUUUAUAAAUUUUUUUCCUCUUUAAUGAUUUCGAGAGUAUCUUCUAUAUAUGCUUCUUACAAAACUGAAAGAUCUCAUAAAUAAUUGAUCAUAGUUUUUUUUAUACAAAAUAUAUUUUUUAAUAUUAUACAAAGUUGAACAACUUUGUAUAAUAUUAAGAGCUACAGAAGUAGCUAACGCACAAUAAAUUAUCAACUACAUAUAAUAACUAAAAAAAAAAAAACAAAAAAAGAAAUCCAAAAAGAUGCAGUGUGGUUUAGAGUCAAUGAAUGAUUGUGAAAGAUCACCGAAUCGUACAAAUUUGCGAGUUAAUUUUAGUGAAAAAGGUUCAGAGGUUAAAGAAAGAAGAGAAAAAUUUUUAACAGCCAAAUAUGGUUCGCAUCAGAUGAGUUUAAUAAGAAAAAGAUUAGCUGUAGAAAUGUGGUUAUAUGAUGAGAUACAAAAACUGUUUGAACCACCUAGUGAAGCUAUAGAUGUAGACAUCGAUGAAAUUUUAGACAUGGACACAGAUGAAAUUCGUCGAUCUCAUCUGAUUAGGCUAUUAUCAGACUGCAAAAAACCACAGCAAGACAUAUCGAAAUUCAUCAGUGAUCUCCUUGAUAAAGCAAAAACAUUGUAGACGCUUAUCAUAUGAUACAAAAAUUUAUAAAAUAUUUAUAUUUACGCAUUAUAUACAUUGUAUAAUUAUUUAAUAUGUAUAUUAAUUAAUAUUUCUUAUACAUAUAAAUAUCUAUUUAGAGUAUGUAUAAAUAUAUUAUAUAUAAUAUACAUCAGCUAUUAAAAAAAUAAAAUUUAAAUUAAUUAAAAAAAAAAAAAUAAAAUAAAAAGGAUUAAGAGAAAAAAUAAAAACAAUUUUUUUUUAUAUAUGAUAAAAACAUUAAAAAAUUAUUCUUAUGU